CAAAUCAUAAUCCGUUUAACUCAAAUUCAACAAGCCACCAUAACCUAAUAAUCCAUAUCACACAUAUAUCAUUUGUUCAUUAGUUUCACGCAUCCAUCUAGCAUUACAGCAUUGUACAUCAUGCGUCAAUAAAUGUAUAUUCCUUGACAUCAUCAUCUAGACGUGAGAAAAAGGUUUUACCUUCUUAACAGCUCCAAAUUUCCGUCUCCAAAUCCAACUCAUUCGAAACCGUUUCUAACCUAGCUGCCAAUAUAUAUAAAUAAUAAAAAUAUAUCGAUCCUAUUUCCUAUUUAUUCUAUAUCCUACUUUGUCCUAAUCGUAACAUGAACUUACACACGUCAUCAACCACCACAAAUGAUGAAACUGAAAAAGAUGUGAAGAAGGAGAUCCCGGUUGAAAUUGAACCAAUAACGGGUGUUUCGUUUCCGAUUAAGCUAACUGAUGGAAAAGAGUUGAAAGCUAUUGGCUUAAGGAAGAAACACGUGUUUGGGUUGUCGCUAAAAAUCUAUAGCUUUGGGAUAUAUGCGGAUAACCAGAAACUGAUGGGUGUUCUGAAAUCGCCAAAGGCUAUGAAAGAGAUGUAUGAGAUGGUGGUUGAUAGUGGAGUUGGGAUCACAGUGAGAAUGGUGAUUGUUUUUGGUCAUCUUACUAUGAGCAUGGUAAGGAAGUACUUUAAUGAAGGUUUAGGAGCCGCUAUUAGGAAACUCGGACCUGGGAAAAACAACGACCUCACAAAGAGGAUUUUGGGGGAAGCAACAGAUGACAUCAAGCUGACUCCUGGUUCCGAAAUUGAGAUCACGUGCCUUCCAGGAUAUGUUCUAGAAACAAAAGUACGUGGCAAGGUGGUGAACAAAUUUGAAAGUGAGACACUCUGCAAGGCGUAUAUCUAUAUGUAUCUAGGAGAUGAUCCUUUAGACAAACAAGCAAAAGAAAAUUUUGGGAUGUCUCUACUUUCACUCUCCUAA